CUCCUCCGUCCCCAUCUCCCUCCUCUUGAUUCCAUCCUCAGCCAUAAUCAGAAUCCACCAGCAACUGAUGAUACGCUGAACCCUUUCCUGACCAACAAAUCUGAUGGCAAAGGCUGAACGACGAAUCAAAUUCUCGAAUAAUGUCAGGCGAUGGAAAUUAAAAAAGAACAGCAAGUAAUAACGUCUUACCGCAGGUUUGAGGACAAGACGGAGUGGGGCGAUCGAGUGGGGUGGAUAUACGGAUCCGUAACCGAGGACAUUGUAACCGGCUACCGAAUGCACAACCGCGGUUGGCGCUCCAUCUACUACAUCACCAAGCGCGACGACUUCCGCGGGUCCGCCCCCAUCAACCUAACCGACCGCCUCUACCAAGUCCUCCGUUGGGCAACCGGCUCCGUUAAGAUCUUCUCCCACAACAACGCCCUAUUGCAAAGAAUCGCUUACCUCAACGUCGGAAUCUACCCCUUCACCUCCAUCUUCCUCCUCGCCUACUGCUUCCUCCCCGCACUCUCCCUCCUCUCCGACCAAUUCAUAGUCCGAACCCUAAACGCAACGUUCCACGUCUACCUCCUCACCAUCACCGUCACCCUCGUGCUCCUCGUGGUCCUUGAAGUCAAGUGGUCCGGAGUUGGGCUUGAGGAGUGGUGGCCGAACGAGCAGUUCUGGCUCAUCUCUGGAACCUCCGCGCAUUUGUACGCUGUGAUCCAAGGCCUUCUAAAAGUCGUCGCCGGGAUUGAGAUUCCGUUCACUCUGACCUCCAAACUCGCUGCCCCUGAUGAUGAUGAUGCUGACGCCUUUACUGACCUCUAUGUUGUCAAGUGGACGUCGCUGAUGGUGCCCCCAAUCACGAUCAUGAUGGUGAACCUCAUUGCUAUGAAGUGGGGUUCGCAAGGACAGUUUACAGCAGCGUGCCAAAGGGGAGGGAGAGGGGAAUGGGAGAGGAGGAGGAGGACGAGAGAGAGGACACAAAUUUAA